AACCAGAGACAUGAUGAGGAGGCUGUGAUUGACCGGGGAAGAACAAGCAAUGUUGUCAAUAUUCACUAUGAGAAGGAGGAGCUGGAAGGCCACCGGACCCUGUACGUGGGCGUGCGGAUGCCCCUGGCGCGGCAGAGCCACCGGCACCACCGGCCCCACGGCCAGAGGCAUCGGAAGCGGGACCGGGAGAAGGACCCAGCCCCAGCAGAGCAGGGCUACCACUACACCCCGUCCCAGCGGGUGCAGUUCAUCCUCGGGACCGAGGAGGACGAGCAGCACGUCCCCCAUGACUUGUUCACCCAACUGGAUGAGAUCUGCAUGAAAGACGACGAAGGUGCUGAGUGGAAGGAAACAGCAAGGUGGCUGAAGUUUGAGGAGGAUGUGGAGGACGGUGGUGAGCGCUGGAGCAAACCCUACGUGGCCACCCUGUCCCUGCACAGCCUCUUCGAGCUGCGGAGCUGCAUCAUCAACGGGACGGUGCUGCUGGACGUCUGUGCCAACAGCAUCGAGGAGAUCGCAGACAUGAUCCUGGGCCAACAAGAACAGUCUGCAGAGUUCGAUGAACACGUGCGGACCAAAGUCCGGGAAGUUCUUUUGAAGAAGCAUCAUCACCAGCAUGAGAAGAAAAGAAACCUUCUCCCCAUCGUCCGCUCGUUUGCUGAUGUGAGCAAGAAGCAAUCAGACCUGCACCACCUUGACAAGCCAGCCCAAACACUCACCCCUCAUCCUUCUCCCACCACCACAGAAGCUAAAAAUGGGCUGAACCAGGAAGCUGGUGCAAUGGAUUUAAGCAAGGCGGAGCUGCACUUCAUGAAGAAAAUUCCCACCGGGGCUGAAGCUUCCAACGUGCUCGUAGGAGAGCUGGAUUUCCUUCACCAGCCCAUUGUGGCCUUUGUCCGCCUGACCCCGGCUGUCCUCCUCCCGGGCAUGACCGAAGUUCCCAUCCCAACAAGGUUCCUGUUUGUUUUGCUUGGACCAGGAGGAAAAGCCCAUCAGUACCAUGAGAUUGGCAGGUCCAUGGCUACUAUCAUGACGGAUGAGGUGUUCCAUGACGUUGCCUAUAAAGGCAAGAACCGGGCUGACCUCGUGGCUGGCAUCGACGAGUUCCUGGACCAGGUGACAGUGUUGCCACCAGGAGAGUGGGACCCAUCGAUCCGGAUUGAGCCCCCGAAAAACGUCCCCUCGCAGGAGAAAAGGAAGAUGCCGGGAGCUCUGGACGACGGCGCCGCGCACAGGAAGCCCGAGAAGCACAGCGGGCCGGAGCUGGAGCGGACGGGAAGGCUCUUUGGAGGUUUGAUCCUGGAUGUGAAGAGGAAGGCCCCAUGGUUCUGGAGUGACUUUCGGGAUGGUCUGAACCUGCAGUGUCUGGCCUCCUUCCUCUUCCUCUACUGUGCCUGCAUGUCCCCUGUCAUCACCUUUGGGGGGCUGCUGGGGGAGGCGACCGAUGGCCACAUAAGUGCCAUGGAGUCACUGCUGGGUGCAUCCAUGACUGGCGUGGUGUUCUCCCUCUUUGCUGGCCAACCUCUCACCAUCCUGGGCAGCACUGGGCCCAUCCUUGUGUUUGAGAAAAUCCUCUACAAAUUCUGCAAGGACUACACGCUGUCCUACCUCUCUCUGCGGGGGUGCAUUGGGCUCUGGACAGCCUUCUUCUGCCUGGUGCUGGUGGCCACGGAUGCCAGCUGCUUGGUGUGCUACAUCACCCGCUUCACCGAAGAAGCCUUCGCCUCCCUCAUCUGCAUCAUCUUCAUCUAUGAGGCUCUGGAGAAGCUGAUUCACCUGCGAGAGGUCUACCCUGUGCACAUGCACAGCAAGCUCGACUUCCUCACCAUCUACUACUGUAAGUGUGAGGCCCCCACCCAUCCCAGCAACGAAACCCUGAAGUUUUGGGGCAGCAAAAAGAUCAACGUGUCUGACAUCGCUUGGGAAAACCUCACGGUGACUGAAUGUCGGUAUUUGCAUGGAGAGUUUCAAGGACCUGCCUGUGGACACAAUGGCCCCUACACACCUAAUGUCCUCUUCUGGUGCUGCAUCCUCUUCUUCUCCACCUUUGUCCUGUCGGGCUUAUUGAAGAAGUUUAAAACCAGCCGUUACUUCCCAACCAGAGUGCGGUCCACAGUAAGUGACUUUGGUGUUUUCCUCACCAUUGUCUUCAUGGUGCUCAUUGACUUGAUGAUUGGGAUCCCAUCACCGAAGCUCCAGGUCCCCCAUGUGUUCAAGCCCACCAGAGACGACCGUGGGUGGGUCAUCAGCCCCAUAGGACCCAACCCUUGGUGGACGGUGUUGGCUGCGCUCAUCCCAGCCCUGCUCUGCACCAUCUUGAUAUUCAUGGACCAGCAGAUCACUGCUGUUAUUGUGAACAGGAACGAGCACAAACUGAAGAAAGGAUGUGGGUACCACCUGGACCUUUUCCUGGUGUCUGUGAUGCUGGGCGUGUGCUCUGUGAUGGGAAUGCCCUGGUUUGUGGCUGCCACUGUCCUGUCCAUCACCCACGUGAAUAGCCUCAAAGUAGAGUCCACAUGCUCAGCUCCAGGAGAACAACGCAAGUUUCUGGGGAUACGAGAGCAGAGAGUCACUGGCCUUAUGAUCUUUGUGCUCAUGGGCUGCUCUGUCUUCUUCACUUCUGUGCUAAAGUUUAUCCCCAUGCCUGUGCUUUACGGGGUCUUUCUCUACAUGGGUGCGUCGUCGCUCAAAGGAAUUCAGUUCUUUGAUCGCUUGAAGCUGUUUUGGAUGCCGGCGAAACACCAGCCAGAUUUCAUCUACCUGCGGCACGUCCCCUUGCGGAAGGUGCAUCUCUUCACCAUGAUCCAGCUGUUCUGCCUUGUCCUGCUCUGGGCCAUCAAAGCAUCCCGUGCUGCCAUCAUCUUCCCCAUGAUGGUUUUGGCUCUUGUUUUUGUCCGGAAAGUGAUGGAUUUCUGCUUCUCCAAACGAGAGCUCAGCUUUCUGGAUGACCUUAUGCCAGAAAGCAAGAAGAAGAAGCUGGAUGAUGCCAAAAAUCAAGCCAAAGAAGAAGAGGAGUCCCAGAAGAUGAUGGAAGCUGCUGCUGCAAAUUCAGUUCAGCUGAGGCUGAGGAAGAGCAGUGACUUGGAUACCCCAAAGCAAAGCAGUGACAGGGCUGAUCCUUCUGACAUCAAUAUCUCAGAUGAAAUGGCAAAAACAACCGUGUGGAAAGCUCUCACUAUGAACACAGGAUCUGCUAAAAGCAAGAUCCUAUUUUCUUCCUUCGAGCUGGUUGUGGCUGAACCCAACUCCUUCCCAGGGCUUUUAAGCUUGUUAGCAGGAUGCUAA